CAGGUAGUGCUGUCUUGGUAGCCUGGUGAGUUGGCAGGUGGGGUGAGAGUCUCUAGUCAGCAACAGUCCAAUUUAGGGGUGUUGCAGAAUUAUCAGGAUAAGCGAGGAAAGGCGAGAGGUGGUCCGGGAUGCCGGUGGCAGGGGAACAGAAGGAAGCCUCGAAAAGCUUGUUGGCAAAAUUGCGCUGGGAUUUCUGAUCCUUGCAACCCUCCUGCCUUGAGUGUAGGAGAAGACUUUUUUAAGACUCCACUGGGAAAGAAAGCCUCCUUCCCAAGGGAGAAGCAAAGGCUUCAGCAGGGGUCAAGAGACCGCAGCUACCUGUGGGGUGCGCCUCCACCCUCUCAGGCGCGCUGUUUUUAUCCCCCUCCCUUUUGUCCCCCACCCCAUCUUCUUAUUGGUGCUGGUUUACAGCGCUGGACUCCUGCGCCUUCGCUUCGCCUUUGAAUCUGGCUCGCCCCUCCGUAUUAUGUCUGCACUCAGAAGGAAAUUUGGGGACGAUUACCAAGUAGUGACCACCUCAUCAAGCGGCUCAGGCUUGCAGCCCCAGGGUCCGGGUCAGGGCCCACAACAACAGCUUGUGCCCAAGAAGAAGCGGCAGCGGUUCGUGGACAAGAACGGCCGGUGCAAUGUACAGCACGGUAACCUGGGCAGCGAGACUAGCCGAUACCUCUCGGACCUCUUCACCACACUGGUGGACCUCAAGUGGCGUUGGAACCUCUUCAUCUUCAUCCUCACCUACACUGUGGCCUGGCUCUUCAUGGCGUCCAUGUGGUGGGUGAUCGCCUACUCUCGGGGCGACCUGAACAAAGCCCACGCAGGCAACUACACGCCCUGCGUGGCUAAUGUCUACAACUUCCCCUCUGCCUUCCUCUUCUUCAUCGAGACCGAAGCUACGAUCGGCUAUGGCUACCGCUACAUCACCGACAAAUGCCCCGAGGGCAUCAUACUCUUCUUAUUCCAGUCCAUCUUGGGCUCCAUCGUGGAUGCAUUUCUCAUCGGCUGCAUGUUCAUCAAAAUGUCCCAGCCCAAGAAGCGCGCGGAGACACUCAUGUUCAGCGAGCACGCGGUGAUCUCCAUGAGGGAUGGCAAACUCACGCUCAUGUUCCGGGUGGGCAACCUGCGCAACAGCCACAUGGUCUCUGCGCAAAUCCGCUGCAAGCUGCUCAAAUCUCGGCAGACACCUGAGGGGGAGUUCCUACCCCUUGACCAACUUGAACUGGAUGUAGGUUUUAGUACAGGGGCAGAUCAACUUUUUCUUGUUUCCCCCCUCACGAUUUGCCACGUGAUCGAUGCCAAAAGCCCCUUUUAUGACCUAUCCCAGCGAAGCAUGCAAAGCGAACAAUUCGAGAUUGUCGUCAUCCUAGAAGGCAUUGUGGAAACAACUGGAAUGACUUGUCAAGCUCGAACAUCAUACACUGAAGAUGAAGUUCUUUGGGGUCACCGUUUUUUUCCUGUGAUUUCCUUAGAGGAAGGAUUCUUUAAAGUUGAUUACUCCCAAUUCCAUGCAACAUUUGAAGUCCCCACCCCACCUUACAGUGUGAAAGAACAGGAGGAAAUGCUUCUUAUGUCAUCCCCUUUAAUAGCACCAGCCAUAGCCAACAGCAAAGAAAGACACAAUUCUGUGGAAUGCUUAGAUGGCCUAGAUGACAUUAGUACAAAGCUUCCAUCUAAGCUGCAGAAAAUGACUGGAAGAGAAGACUUCCCCAAAAAACUCUUGAGAAUGAGUUCUACAACUUCAGAAAAAGCUUACAGCUUGGGAGAUUUACCUAUGAAACUUCAGAGAAUAAGUUCAGUUCCUGGCAACUCAGAAGAAAAACUGGUAUCUAAAACCACCAAGAUGUUAUCUGAUCCCAUAAGUCAGUCUGUGGCUGAUUUGCCACCAAAGCUUCAAAAGAUGGCUGGAGGAGCAGUCAGAAUGGAAGGGAAUCUUCCAGCCAAAUUAAGAAAAAUGAACUCUGACCGAUUUACAUAACACAACACCCCCUUAGGCAUUAUUUAAUGUUUGAUUUAGUUAUAGUCCAAUAUUUGGUCGAUGAGGUAAUCCUCCCUAAGGAAUAUGAAAGGUACAACAACCACCCUCCCCAAGUUCUAUAUGCAUAUUUGAGACUCUUUCUUUCCCAAGUAUUACUACUGUGCAAAGAGGGAAAUUAUGAAGGGAGGACAUUGUAAGGACGUUCUUACCAACAGGCAUGUAUUAUCACAUCAAGCAUGCAAUAAUGUGCAGAUUUUGCAUUUAGUUUUAUGGCAUGAUUUAUAUAUGGCAUAUUUAUAUUGUGUAUUCUGGAAAAA